AUGAAUCACGUUUACUAUUCUGUCUACUACACGUACAUGUAUACGGUAUUUAUGGCUGUAGGUCCUUUAGUUUUACUUAUUGUGCUUAAUUUUGGUAUUGUUAUGAAUGCGCUCAAAAGGCCUAGGGAGCCUGAUAUUAUAAGCCUUGUAUUAGUUGUUUGCCUAUUUAUUUUUUGCAACUUUACAGCUUUAUUAGUUAAUUUUCUUGAAUUAACUUUUGCUGAACAAUUAAAACAUUUAAUUGUUUAUUUGGUUGAUUUAAGCAAUUUAUUAGUUGUGAGUUUUUUUAAUUUUAAUUUUACAGAAAACUCAAUUUUACUCCACCCUUAG